CUGUUAUACCCUAUUUUAAUACUGCAACCCCAUGUAGAGGGUGCUAUGUCAGCAAAUUAUAAUAAUAUAAAUAUACGUCGGAUUCGCCCGCGCGGGCAGUCUGUUGUCAUUCUCGACACAUAUCGGUACUAUUUCCAAUUACCAAUUCGUUACUAUUCCUAUUUCUAGUUCUACUAUUUCUAAGUGUCCAAAUAUCCUUAAAUACUGUCAAUUGUGGUGAAAAACCAAUAUAAUCAUUUUUGUGUGUAAAAUUAGUUUUUUUUAAAAACCGUGUUCGAGGAUCCCGUAUAACAUUUGGUGGCAGCGGUGGGAUACCGAAAGUUCAAUAUAUACACAGAUAUAUCCCGAAUACGUCUCCAAAGGACAAACCUUACAAAUUAAAGUGCCAGUGCUACGUUUUCUUCAAUAAUCAAAGGCAAUAAUAAACAACGUUCACCCAAAUAUGCCUUCAACAUCCUAGUGCGCGUGUGUAUUGUGUGCUAGUGAAUCCUGUGGAAUAUAAAAUAAGUGCUGUGUGGAGUUGUUCCUGAGCCUUGAUUAUAAUCAGGCCUCAUCAUCAUGCUGUGGCAGAUCUUCAUUGUCGUGACAAUACUACACAUUCCAAUCGAUGCACGAUCGGACUUUGUCAAGCCUUAUCCUUCAAACGCUGGUAUCUACUUCGAUAGCCUGGGAAAACUUAAAAUAAUUAAGAGUAAUUUAAACGUAAUUAGUUAUGUAGAUAUAUCUUUCAUAAAACCUCAUCUUACUAAUUUGAAUGAAAUCAUAGGUACAUUAAGGUUUAACUGUCAAAAAUUUAACUUAACUUCUUGUGAAAACACGCUAUCUCCUUUAACAGCUCGUUUUACAGACGUUCAACGAGAAUAUGAUUCUAUUUAUCAUCUUAUUUCAAAGCGAUACAAACGUAAUGCAUGGUUUGGCGGUAUAGGUACAGUAUUUAAGCACGUUUUCGGCACGCUUGAUGAAGACGACGCUCUUAAAUACGAUUCUGCUAUAGAAUCUAUACAAAAUAAUCAAAAGAAAAUGGCAACAUUAAUAAAAGAAAAUAUCUUAGUUACUACUUCUACCUUAGAGUCCUAUAAAAAUAUUAUAAACAAAUUAAAAACCAAUCAAGAAAUCAUUAAUGAAUCAUUAAUAUCAUUCCUUAAACAAAUAACAAAUAUCACAGAAAUUACAAACAAUUUAAUCAUAGAAACAAAAGUCCAUUCCAUACUUACCAACCUUGAAAGCUCUUUGCUUACAUUAUCGUUUCAACUCGAAGACUUGAUAAACGCAAUUAUACUCAGUAGUCAAAACAUCCUACAUCCUAACAUUGUAACGCCUGCCCAACUAUACCGUGAACUCGCCGAUAACGAUAGGCACCUACCACGGGACACUGGGAUUCCUAUAUCAUUAAGCCUAGAUAAUAUUCAUUUAAUUUUAAGUAUAUCUAAUGUUGCAUGUUAUUAUUUUAAGAAUAAACUUGUAUUUGUUUUGCAAGUGCCCCUCGUUACCAAUGAGGAAUUCAAUUUAUAUCAUACUUUGGCUCUGCCUACUCCUCAUAGAGUGGAUAACCCAAAUAGUUAUAGUUUAAUCUCUCCUACUAGUUCGUAUAUUGCUAUUUCUAAUAGUAAACAAUUAUAUUGUAAUUUAGAUAGUUUACGUAAGUGUAAGACCAUAUACUCUGAGUUCUUUUUAUGCGAAGUACCGGUAAUCUCGACGACAAGUGAUAACCCGAUAUGCGAAAGUGAACUAUUAACGAAAACUGUUAAUGCUAUUCCUAAACGGUGUGUUACCAAAACCAUAUUCGGCGAGCUAGACAUUUGGCAACCACUAAUAAACAAUCGGUGGAUUUUCGUGCAGUCUCGUCCGAAUAAAGUGUCUAUCGAGUGUGGUGUUUCAGAAAUGCGUGAGAUUAUAGUGUCCGGUACGGGUAUUUUAGAUACCCCAAAACAGUGCACAAUCUAUACAAAAAGUGUAAGACUGAUAACUUCAGAUGACUCUUAUAAUAUAAGUAUACCUAGCCCUAUACUAGAUUUUAAUAUUAUCAAUGACUCAUGUUGUCAAAUCAAUUAUAACUCGAUUAAUAAUAAUACGUCCCCUAUUCUUUUCCAAAAUAUCGAUUUAGACGAUUUAACAUCUAAUGUAAACAAACAUAAAGAAAUAUUCGCGGAAUUAGAUAAGAUCAUAGAUGACAAACCAUUUAUUAUUAAAUACGGGACGCAUUAUUCAAUACUUACCUUUAUAAUUUUGUUAAUUGUAAUUUCUUUUAUAAUAUACAUCUUAAUUAAAAUUAUAUUAAAAUAUAAGAAUGCAUUUGUUAUCAAUAGAAACAAUGUAAACAUUGAUAACGAUACUCACGUCGAGAACGACAACGCUUCGCUGCAUUCUAUCGCUUCUAUCCCAUUACCGCGACUUAGGGAAGUAAUAUAACCUUUCCGAAUUUCGGUAAUUAACCCCAAAUUUCGGUCUUAUGCGGGGGGUUGUUAUACCCUAUUUUAAUACUGCAACCCCAUGUAGAGGGUGCUAUGUCAGCAAAUUAUAAUAAUAUAAAUAUACGUCGGAUUCGCCCGCGCGGGCAGUCUGUUGUCAUUCUCGACACAUAUCGGUACUAUUUCCAAUUACCAAUUCGUUACUAUUCCUAUUUCUAGUUCUACUAUUUCUAAGUGUCCAAAUAUCCUUAAAUACUGUCAAUUGUGGUGAAAAACCAAUAUAAUCAUUUUUGUGUGUAAAAUUAGUUUUUUUUAAAAA